CAGUGAAGACCGAUGGUGGAAAUGAAACUCUUAUUGCGUGUCUUCAAAAUACAGUAAAGGAGGCUGAACAAGUCGGUGGUAUAUGCAUACCGGUCGAGUGUGAUCAUACGUCAGUGGAAGACAUGGAGUCGUUAUUCAACAAAGUAAGAGACGAAAGAUACCGCCAACUUGACGUGGUAGUCAACUGUGCUUUUUCAGGAGAACCAAUAUUGAAAGAGAAGAGAAAUGUGCCGUUCUGGGAAGUCCCGUUAGAAAUAUGGGAUGUUUGCAGUCAAGCAGGAAUGAGAUCGUAUUACGUUGCAACGAGGCGUGCCGCCGAAUUAAUGGUCCCAGUCAAGAAAGGCAUCAUCAUCAAUGUAUCAUCCAUGUCGGGGUUCAAGCCGCUAUUUAACACGGCGUAUGGCGUCAACAAAGCUGCAUGUAACAGAAUGACUGAAGACUGCUCACGAGAACUUAAGGAUUAUGACGUUGCAGUUGUAUCGGUUUUACCUGGACUGGUGAAGACAGAGUUCCUACUUGAAUGUGCAAGUCAAAAUAAACUCAACUUCGAGGAAGAAAUAGCCUUAUCGCAGGGCGAGACACCACAGUUUGUGGCAAAAGCAGUGCUGAAUCUAGUAACAGAUCAAAACAUUAUGCAGAAGACAGGAAAAAUCUUAACGACCGUAGACAUAGCAAACGAUUAUAAGUUUACCGAUUUCAAUGGAUGGAGGCCUCUUCACCCUUUGAGUCUCCGCGCGAAUAUGCUGUAUACAGGCAAAUGGCGAUUGGCCAAAUACACCCCGCGUUUUAUCAAGGCACCUAAGUGGUUCUUGACGGAAAAUGAAAUUAGAUAUUGAAAAUGUCAAUUUGUAUACAUUGGUAUAUGUUUAUAUUUUGUAAUAUUAAAGUUAAUAGUUGUGUUUUAAUUUUUAAUCUAACACCUUCAGAAUAUCUGUCGGCUGUUCUACCAAUCGAAUCAUGAGUCCAAUUUAUAAUUGGAGAUGACUUUGUUCAUCCAUAAAGUAUUGGUGACUAUUGGCCCGGCUAAUUCCUCAUUAUAGAAAACUCCAGAACAAAUGUUUAUGAAGACAUGUGUACAAAUUCAAUGUCCAAAAUUACGGACCUUAAGGAUGCAAUAAUAGAUAAAUAUUUAUACUUUAGGAUCGUUUGCUAAUUUAUAUAGUAAUGAAAAUAACGAUUAUUACUCAUAAUAAUAUUUUUGUUAUACUUUUAAAAAUAUCAUUUGUUAUUUUGAUGGCAACAUAUAAAAAAAUGUAGUUCAAUAAUUAAUUACAGAGUAUAUUGUAUACUAACUUAGUAUUCAGUAAAAAAUCAUAGGAGUAGUAGUAGUAGUAGUA